AUGGCCCGGCGGAGGAAUUGGGCAGGAAGGGUCGGUGGAGGAAGCGAGAUGGCCAGGAUUAUUGAGAUCUUCAUCGACCUCCCUACUCGAGGUCAGGCCCCUGAGGCCAACAAUCCUGCGAGACGAGGGACAAACCCGGCUAGAGGCCGGGUCGCACCCUUCGAUGGCCCUGCAUCUCGAGGUUCGGCAUCUGGUGCUGGGGCAUAA